UUCAGGUGCUUGCUUCAUCGUGGGCUUCUUUCAGUAACUUAAGUGCAUCAAACAUUUCAAAAUGGUUAGGAACGAAUUACAAAUGGGUUUCAUUAUCGCCUAUUCCUCUUUCCUCUUUCUCGUUAAUUAUUCCGGUGUACUUUAAAUAAAAAGUUAUAAAAUUCCCCUAUGGAUUCCGUUAAAUUAAUUACAAAAUCGUUUCUCAUAGUGUCGCUGAUUGUCGCAAUUGUGGCUUUCCUAUUUUCAACCCCGUUGUCUCGUAUUUUCUUGCCUCUUUCAACCUGGGCACCUAUAUCCUCAUUUUUAUCACACAAUCAGAUAUCUACAUUCUCUUCGUCGCACACAAUGACAUCCACUAAACCCCCAGUUUACUUUUUUAGCCAUGGAGGGCCAGAUGUGCAAUACAGGACGGAACAUCCCGCCUAUUCCGUCCUCCAGAAGAUCGGAAAAGAAAUCACUGAGAAGGUAAAGCCUAAAGCUGUUGUCGUAUUCUCAGGUCAUUGGGAAUCAGAUCCUCGUGUCAUCGAGGUCAAUACCGCGGAACACACGGAUCUGAUAUACGACUUCUACGGGUUUCCACCAGAGUUCUACAAGGCUCAGUACCCGAAUAGGGGAAGCCCUGAACUAGCGUCCAAGAUACUAAGUCUCUUGGCGAACGCCGGUAUCAAGGCGAAGGGUGUAACUAGAGGUCUCGACCACGGCGUAUGGUCCGGAUUCCACGUCGCCUUUCAUCCAAAGGAGAACCCUCUCAACGUUCCGCUGGUGCAAGUAAGCCUGUACUCCAAUCAGGAUGCCGACAUGCAUUAUCGGCUCGGCCAGGCCGUCGCUUCCCUUCGGGACGAAGGUAUCGUUAUUAUUGGCGCGGGAAUGUCCGUGCAUAAUCUGAGAGACAUGUUCGCUACCCGAGGUGAUCCUAGACCGUUGCCUUACGCCGUUUCGUUUGACGAGGCUCUGAAAGACGCUACUGAGUCGCCACCGAGUGAGCGCCAGGCUCGUAUGAAUGAAGUUGUUGAGCGGCCAGAUGCUAGACAAGCUCAUCCACGCUUUGACCAUCUGAUGCCCGUCUACGUCACAGCUGGCGCAGCGGGAGUUGAUGUCGGUAAGAGGACAUGGACAUUGCAUGAGGGUAGUGUGGCGUGGGCGCAGUACAGAUUUGGCCCGGUCCCGACAUAAAAACAUAUUCACAGAGUAUAGUUAGUUGCAUGUCGACUUGUCAAGCGGGAAAUGGGGAAGGUAUUUAUCUCGAUGGUUCUUGGGGGCUGCCUCCUAUUAAUGAUAGAAUGGGCCAACAUAAACCGUGAGACACCGAAGUUGAGACUAAAGGGAAGAAAGGAAAACACCCCAAUUCAGAACGCCCUUUCUAGGUAUGUUAUCACAUACAACUAUAUACACAGCACUUGAAAGUGCCGUUCUAGAACUCUUUAAUGAUCUAAAUUUACCCUCAAAUAAACAUAAAAGGGUUGCAAUGCGUAA